AUGGGAGCCUCGGGAAGUGGGAAGACCUCCAUGCGCUCCCUCAUCUUCUCCAAUAAUCCCGCUUCCCUGACUUCUCGCCUCGGGGCCACCAUCGACGUCGAGCAGAACCAUGUCCGCUUUCUCGGCGACCUCAUCCUCAAUCUCUGGGACUGUGGUGGACAAGACGCCUUCAUGGACAUCUACCUCUCCACCCAGCGCUCGACCAUCUUCCAGCACGUCGGUGUUCUCAUUUACGUUUUCGAGGUCGAGAGCCGCGACAUGGCCAAGGACCUCGUCUACUACCGCGACUGCCUCGACGCGCUGAAGAAGUACAGCCCGGACACGAGCGUCUUCCUCCUGUUCCACAAGAUGGACCUCGUCAGUGGCGACCGAGUGGCCGUGCUUGACAGGAAGCGUCGUGAGCUCGAGCAAGAAAGUACCGGCGUCGCUGUUACCGUGUUCGGCACGAGCAUCUAUGACGAGAGUCUUUACAAGGCCUGGUCCAGCAUUGUGCACACCAUCGUCCCCAACGCCGCCGUCCUCACGAGGCACCUCACCAUGUUCGCCGAGAUGUGUAACGCGACCGAGGUCAUUCUCUUCGAGCGCACGACUUUCCUUGUCAUUGCUACAUCCACCUUUCCGGUCUCUGCGCCCCGCACAUCCUCCUUACUAAGCCCAACGCGGUACGAGCGCACAUCUGAGCUCAUCAAAGCCUUCAAGCACUCGUGCUCUCGCGUGCGUGAGGAGUUUCACUCGCUCGAGAUGGAGCUGCCCGAUUUCACCGCUGUGCUAGACGAGAUGACAAAGAAUACAUACGUCCUCAUUAUCGUACAUGACCCCACUAUCGAGACCGCCGCGCUAAAAAUCAACAUUCGCCUUGCACGACGGAAAUUCGAGGAGCUGCAGAGCGACUCUAUCGUCUUGUGA